UUUUCGCUCGCGUUUCGGAACAGCCUCAACACGAAUUACCUACCAUUUGCCCUACAGAGGCGAUUGACUGUGGUUGCCAGCGCUGCUGCAACAGGAUCAGCCUCCUCCUCGUCCACGUCCACGUCCACGCCCUCGCCAGGCCACCAGUUGGACCUUAAUUCGGCUAACAACAACGGCAGCAACAACAGCAGCAGCCUAGACAACAUCUCGAGGAUACAACCAUCCUGGCUAGACGGGAGUCAGCAGCAGCAGCACCACCACCCCCACCAGCAGCAGAAGAACCAUCCGCAGCAACAGCGUUUAGCCACGGACGGCAGCAUGUCGAUGAGCGUCACCUUUGGCACCCCCAACACACCCAACAUGAGCAUGGAUCUGGCGGCACGCCCCACAGUGGUCAAGGAAGGCUGGCUAAUGAAGCGGGGGGAGCACAUUAAGACCUGGCGCCAGCGCUACUUUGUGCUCCGCUCCGACGGCAGUCUGAUGGGAUACCGCAGCAAGCCGGCGGACAGUGCCGUCAUGCAGCCGUCGGAGCAGCUGUUGAACAACUUCACGGUGCGCGGGUGUCAGAUCAUGAGCGUGGACAGGCCCAAGCCCUUCACAUUCAUCAUACGCGGCCUGCAAUGGACAACGGUGAUCGAGCGGACCUUUGCCGUCGAUACGGAAAUGGAGCGCCAGCAGUGGACCGAGGCCAUACGCAACGUGUCCAGUCGCCUCAGCGAAAUGGGAGAGAUGGCCAUGUCGCCGUCUGUGCAGACAGACAUGGCCGACGUGGACAUGGCCGGCAUCGCCGAGGUGGAGCUCUCCGAGCAGUUCUCAAGGCAGGGCACCACCUGCAACAGCAGCGGAGUCAAGAAAGUGACUUUGGAGAACUUUGAGUUCCUCAAGGUGCUCGGCAAGGGCACCUUCGGCAAGGUGAUCCUGUGCCGCGAGAAGGCCACCGCCAAGCUCUAUGCGAUCAAGAUUCUCAAGAAGGAGGUCAUCAUCCAGAAGGAUGAGGUGGAGCACACACUCACCGAGAGUCGUGUGCUCAAGACCACCAAUCAUCCGUUUCUUAUUUCUCUUAAAUAUUCAUUUCAAACCAACGAUCGGCUGUGCUUUGUCAUGCAGUACGUGAACGGCGGAGAGCUCUUCUGGCAUUUGAGCCACGAGCGCAUCUUCACCGAGGACCGGACACGUUUCUACGGAGCCGAGAUCAUCUCGGCCUUGGGCUAUCUCCACUCGCAGGGCAUCAUCUAUCGCGACUUGAAGCUGGAGAAUCUUUUGCUGGACAAAGAUGGCCACAUCAAGGUCGCCGAUUUCGGCCUGUGCAAGGAGGACAUCACCUACGGCCGCACAACGAAAACAUUUUGCGGCACACCCGAAUAUCUGGCUCCGGAAGUAUUAGACGAUACUGAUUAUGGACAGGCGGUGGAUUGGUGGGGCACAGGCGUGGUCAUGUAUGAAAUGAUCUGCGGUCGCCUGCCGUUUUACAAUCGCGACCACGAUGUGCUCUUUACAUUGAUAUUGGCGGAAGAGGUGAAGUUCCCUCGCAAUAUCACAGACGAGGCGAAAAACCUGCUGUCCGGGCUGCUGGCCAAGGACCCGAAGAAGCGUCUGGGCGGCGGGCAGGAUGAUGUCAAGGCAAUACAGGAUCAUCCUUUUUUUGCGAGUAUUAAUUGGACAGAUCUGGUGCUAAAAAAGAUACCGCCGCCUUUUAAGCCUCAGGUUACAUCCGAUACGGAUACGCGUUACUUUGACAAGGAGUUUACUGGAGAGAGCGUGGAGUUGACGCCGCCGGAUCCCACUGGACCGCUGGGCUCCAUAGCCGAAGAGCCGCUUUUCCCGCAGUUCAGCUACCAGGGAGAUAUGGCCACUACACUGGGCACCUCGUCGCACAUUAGUACUUCCACAAGUCUCGCAUCGAUGCAAUAGAACAACGUCAACGACGACAACAACAGGAGUUAAUCAACAACGUAACGUAAUGUAAUGUAACGUAGAGUAACGUUCUUACAAGCACACAACCCCCACAACCACACAUCAUGUUCUGCUUUCAUCACCUCACCCUAUAAACCUAUAUCCCUAUAUACCUAUAGCAUAUAGAAAUGGGCAAAAUGAGAAACACGCAAAACAAAACAAAAUAAAACAAGAAAAUAUUAAAUAAUAAUAAAAAUUAUGUAAUACAUACACACACACACACACACACAAUAUAAAGGCAAAGGGGGCAAAGGAGGUUUGUUCUCGCUACACAAAAUAAUAAGGGAUUUCAAUUGAUAGUAACUUAUUUUUGCAUUCAUAACACAAUGAAAAGGGAAGGCAGAGAUCGUAGACCGUCGAGGCAGAAAGGAAAUAAUUUACCACAUAUGAUUAUACAUAUACAUAUAUCUAUAUACAUACUUAUACAUACAUGCAUCUAAUAAUAUAACACUUGGGGGGGCGGGGGCCUGCCGCCAUCGGGGGUCUGGAGUGAUUAGUUAAUUAGUUACGACAACCACAACAACAACAACAACAACAACCAUUUAUUAAGCAAAAAAUUGAAAGCCACAACACACACACACCAGGAGACAUCAGACAGACACAGACAUAGACACACUUAUAGGAUAUAGCGAACAUGAACGUUAAGGCAACAACUAAUCGAAAUACACACCAACACUCUACAUACAUGCAUAUAUACACACUCGUAUCGUAUCUAUACAUUAUUUAUACUCCAAAGAAGAAAAACCACACACACAACACACACAACAAUUACGAGUACUAUAUAUAAUGUUAAAAAUUGCCUCUAAAGUGCUGUGCUUCAUGCAAAAAACAAAAACCCCACAAAAAACACAGAACAGAAACGAAAUGGAUAAGGAUAUAAAUCAAUGGAAAUGGAAAUGGAAAAAUUGCAGUUUGAAAGGCGCCAAACAUUUCAACAAUAAUUACAACAAUUGACGCCAUUUUUUUAUUCUAAUUUUUUUUUUACCACAACAAAAUAUAUUUGUACAUAUUUAUAUAAAAAAAAGCAACGUAAGAAGAAAAAACCCCUUUAAAAAACAUUACACAAAAGUGAAAAGUGUCGCGUGGACAAAUGGUUUAACCUUUGACACCCCCAAACAAAAAUAUAUACUUGUAUAAUUCAAAACAUGUCAUUUAAUUUUUGGCAUUGCAAAAAGUUCAUAAAGAAAACGUUUUGUAUUUGUAGAGCAAUUCAGGCGAAAAAACAAAAACAAAAAAGAAAGAUGAAAAUCAACCACAACAACAGACUUACACAUAGUUCCACGAGGAAAACUAAAAGAAAAA